AUGGGCCUCCCACUCUUUGUCACCCCUGUCGAGUCGGACCUCCCGUCAAAGGCCGCCAGCAAGGGCGCUACCGCGUCCCCCGGCCGCUCCGGCGUUCGGCGCUCGAGUCGCCCAGUCUCUCGUGAAAGCCGCAACCCUGCCAGGAAUGCCAGUGUCAGAAUCUACGGCGCUGUCCAGCCACGCUUGCCUCGCUCCAACCAGGACGGUCUCUUGCCCUGGGUCGAGUCGCCCGGCCCACUCGACCCCAGCUUGCCAGAGCCGAGGUCCCGGCCUGCUUUCCAGGAAGCUCGGGACUCAUGGCUGAGCUCCAACAACCCUGCCACGAUACUUCGGAACCGACAAAACUUCCAGCAGCAGGUCGAGUCUAUCUUUGCCGGCGACUGGCGAGAAAGGGUCCCGACGACGGCUGCACCGCAGCGCGAGACAGAGUCGAGGGAUCCAGAUGAGCGCUGGUGGUCGGCAGAGGCCCGUUCGUCGUCAUCACGAGCCAGGCGUGCCCAAGUCGUUGCACCGCUUCCAUCACGGUUCGACCGUAGCCCCGAUCGCCCGCGUCCAUACCGCGGCAGCCCGCCCCACGGCCACCGAGGCUUGCGAACCGGUGGCUUGUCGCCCUUGAGCUCGGCGCCCGCCAACCCCAGCCGUGCCGGCCCUCGCUACAACUCUCGACCCUUGCGCAGCGUGCGCGAUCGCCGAAGCCCGGCUGCUCGUCACUCUCUCGCGCUCGACGGGCUCGGAGAUCGCGACAGGAGCCUGAGCCCCGAAGUCUGGGACACGCUCUUGUCCACCUUGACUCCCGACCCACAGCAGCCCAGCGCAGGCUCGUCAUUUGCUUCGACGGAAGUCUCUCAGAGCGCUGGCCCGUCGUCUGGCACGCCCCUGUCACUGCCAGAUGUUAUCGGACAACCGCCAGAAGCGCAAUGCGACUCGGGAUGUGAGCAUUCGGACGCGAACAUGGAGGAGGAAGACGAGGAGAACGUCGAAUUGGCGGGCGGGCGCCGUCGCGGACCAUUGUCGAGCGACGGCCGCCAGCGAUUCCCCCCCUACAACCCGGACGGACUGACUGACGGCCCGGUUGGUCGGCAUGCCGCGCGAACGACGGCCGACGGCCGACGAAGCGCAUUGCAGUCGCCGGCGGAUGACUCAAACUCGCUGAGCGACGUGGGCAGACGGGGCGCGCGAACGGAGAACACGGAUGGGGUCCCACGAGGCAUGCCUCUGGCCCGACUCCUGAAUCGUGCCGAGGGCUGGGGGAGCCAGGCGUCAGUUGAGGAAGCCUCGGAGGAGGAGAGCGGCGGCGAUGGCUUGCAACAAGCCAGCCGCGGAGAAUCGACAGGGCCUGCGCACAACGCGACGCUCAGCGGAGAGGAGGAAUGGUCGGGGAUGCAGCGAAUCAUGAGCAACCUCGCGCGGCGGGAGGAUAUACCGGACGAGUGGUGGGCCGAAGUGGGCCUCAGCCGGACUCUGCCCCAGGACGACGCGACGAAUCAGUAG